AUGUCUUCCGCGACUACAUUCUACGACUUCGAGCCUGUCGACAAGAAAGGCGCAACCUACCCUCUCACAGACCUCAAAGGCAAAGUCGUGCUCGUCGUCAACACCGCCUCGAAAUGCGGCUUCACUCCUCAAUUCAAGGGCCUUGAGAACCUCUACCAAUCGCUCAAGUCCAAGUACGGCGACGAUUUCCUCAUCCUCGGAUUUCCCUGCAACCAGUUCGGGAGCCAAGACCCCGGCUCCAAUGAUGAGAUUCAGGAAUUCUGCCAGAUCAACUACGGCGUUACCUUCCCUGUUCUCGGAAAGACGGAAGUGAAUGGUGGAAAUGCGUCACCGCUUUGGACCUGGCUCAAGGAGUCGCAGCCCGGCCUGCUGGGGCUCAAGAGGAUCAAGUGGAACUUUGAGAAGUUCUUGAUCUCGGCUGACGGCAAGGUUGUUGGACGUUGGGCUAGUACCACUAAACCCGAGUCGUUGGAGGCAACCAUUGUCAAGGAGAUUGAAAAGGCAAAGAAGGAGGGAACUUUGGCAUCAGCUGUGAAUACUACUACGGAGGGAGAGCCGGCUGCUGAAGAGAGCGCGAAGCUAGCGUAA